CGGUGCAGAGCUGCCAACGUGACGCCUGGCUCUGGAUGUUGGCAUUCGCAUUCGCACCGCAUUCACCAUACACUCCUGUACAUUCAAGAUGGCAGACAUCACUAAAGACGCUCUUCGCAAGGAAAUUGCCGCCAUCCUGAAGGAUGCCGAUUUGUCGACCACCUCAGCGAAGAAAGUGAGGCAGCAGAUCGAGGAGAAGUUGGAUUGCGAUCUGUCCGAGCGUCGCAAGGAAAUCGACGAGCUGGUCAUGGAGUGUCUGGAGAAGAAGGACGGAAAGAAGGAGGGAGGCAAGAAGAGGUCCAAGAGCGACGACGAGGACGAAAGCGAGGAGCAGGAGGAGAGUGAAGAAGAAAGCGAGCAGGAGGAGCGCAAAGAGAAGCGCUCAGCCGCGAAGAAGCCGCCUCCAAAGCGGGCCAAGAAGGCCAGCUCAGACGAGGAGAGCGAGGAGGCAUCCGACGACAACGCCAGCGACGAGGAGUACAACCCUGGCAAGAAGGCCAAGGCUGGCGGCAAGAAGCCCAAGGGCAAGGGUAAGAAGAAGGGAAGUGACAGCGACGACGGCAGCGACGAGGACUGGAAUAAGAGCAGGAGGUCGGCCGGAGGCGCCAAGAAGGCUGGAGGCGCUGCCAAGCGCGGUGGUGGUGGCGGCGGCGGCUACACCAGGGCGUACAACCUGUCUACAGAGCUGGCUGCUGUUAUGGGCACUGAUAAAAUGGCCCGCCAUGAAGUUGUCCGCAAAAUGUGGAGCAUCAUUAAGGAAAAGAAUCUCUACGAUCCCAAGAACAAGCAGUUCGCCAUCUGCAAUGAUGAGCUUCUCCCGGUAUUCGGCGUGAAGCGUUUCCGUACCUUCGGGAUGAUGAAGUACUUGAAGAACCAUUUCCUCGAUUAAUUUGCUCCUUUCUCGAUCCACGAAGUAAUUUAGCCUAUACUUUUAAACUAAAUACAGCAGCAUUUGCUGUACUCGAAUUGCUGGAGCCUGUGACAAAAUCGUAAUUAUUAUAAAGCUACGCAUCUGUUUUCCGAUUCGGGAUUUUUUCCGGCGAAACUUAUGAAUUUGUUCAUGUGAUUAUUAUGCUCUGGUAAAAGCAACUCGAGUCGUCUAUGCUAUUAUUAUGGAGAAGAGUUUGGUUAAAACCGCAGAAAUUAGCCUGGUCGGUCAUCUUACAUUGACGUGUAAAUUUCAUGUGCAUGGUACUACUUGUAUUGCGACCACAUCUCCCUUUGAAUCUAAUUAUUACUGCAAUAGCUGCUGAGCUGCAGAGGAUUUGCGACCUAGGCAGCUUUGGUGUUUCCAGUGUCUGACAGAGCGUUGAUUUAAUAAUCCGCUUGUAGUGGUUCCUUAGUCAAGUCCGCACUUCAACACGAUUACCAUUUUUAUCAAUUCAGUUCCUUUCGGCAUUGUAGACUAAACAACGCAAUUAAUUAUUUUGGGUAGUGAUCCAAGUCCAAUGUUCUAAAACCUUGCUUACGAGAGCGCAGUAUGUCUUCUUAUUUUUGAAAUAAAUUGUCUGAUUUCCUUAUGAAA